AUGGCAUUCCGUUCAAGGGUUGCCCAGAUCUGCCGCCCAAGCAUAGCAGGGCCUAUCUCAAGGCCACAAAGCUCCUUGACUAGCCCUGCAUCCCAAGAUAUCAGCGCGCAUUGCCGAUAUCGCACCCAGUCAACAGUCGCCGGGUUAACAACGGCCGGGCAAACAACCCAGCCGCGGCAAGCAACCUGGAACACAUUACCAAGUCACCGGUAUGCAUCCACGAAGGCAUCAGCCCCCUCAGGUCAAAGCGAACCCGUCCUCGCAGGCGCCCCGGACAUAACAAACCACUACACAAUCUUCGCCAAUACACUUCCCUCCGGCCCACCACCAGCAUCUCCCUUCGAGAUCUCCCUCAGUGACCUCCGUCGCGAAUUCCUCCAGCUCCAAAGCCUCGUCCACCCGGACAAAUACCCCAACGGCAACGAAAAAGCCCACGCAGAGGGCCUCUCAGCCCGUAUCAACGAAGCCUACCGGACAUUAAUCGACCCGCUCCAACGGGCGCAGUACCUGCUCCGCGAACUGCACGGCAUCGACGUCACGGCCGAGGAUGCAUCCACGAAGCACGCGCUGGAUCCGGAGACCUUGAUGGAAGUGAUGGAAGUACAAGAGACGAUUGAGGAAGUUGGAGCGUCGCCGGAAGGCGAGGCGCAAAUCAAUGCCUUGAAAAAGGAGAAUGACGGGCGUGUCAUGGAGUGCGUGCAGGCUCUCGCGGGAUUCUUCGAUGCAGGGGAUCUCGAGGCUGCGCGGAAGGAGUGCAUUCGGCUGAGAUUUUGGUAUAGUGUCGGGGAAGGGCUGAGGGAGUGGGAGCCUGGGCAUACUGAGAUUCGCCUGAUGCAUACUAGCUGA